AUAGCUUUGAGCCGAAGAAAUAAAUUGUUUGCAUAACUUUUUUUCCCGCAAUAAUGCUCUUCAAAUACUCACUGAAUUUGCUCGUUUUAUGUUUGCUAAGUCAUCGUGUCGCAUGCAUGGAUGAUGGUUUAGCCUUAACACCACCUAUGGGCUGGAUGGCAUGGGAAAGAUUUCGCUGCAAUGUUGAUUGCGAUAACGAUCCGGAUGAAUGCAUACAUGAACGAUUGUUUAUGGCAAUGGCGGAUGAGAUGAUGUGUGAUGGAUACCUAGAAGCAGGCUACAAGUAUGUCUGCAUCGACGACUGCUGGACAUCCAAGGACAGAGGUCCAAAUGGCGAAUUACAAGCCGAUCCUAAUCGAUUCCCAAGUGGUAUAAAAGAACUCGCGAAAUAUGUACAUUCUAAAGGGUUAAAGCUUGGUAUAUACGCUGAUUAUGGCACUAUGACGUGUGAGAGGUAUCCCGGGAGUAUAGACCAUUUGGAGAAAGAUAUGAGGACAUUUGCAAGCUGGGAUGUCGAUUAUUUAAAAAUGGAUGGGUGCUUUGCAGACCCUUCCAAGAUGGACACAGGCUACCCGCUUGCUUCUAAAUACCUCAAUGCCACAGGAAGACCAAUAAUGUUCUCCUGCAGUUGGCCCUUCUAUCAAGUAUUAAAAGGUCAAAACCCAGAUUAUAAGAAUAUUGCAAAGCAUUGCCACCUAUGGAGAAACUAUAUAGAUAUUGAAGAUUCCUGGGAAUGGGUUACAAAAAUUGUGGAUCAUUAUGCAGAGAAUCAAGAAGUAUUGAUCCCAGUAGCAGGUCCUGGGCAUUGGAAUGAUCCGGAUCAACUUAUCAUUGGUAACUUUGGUUUAAGUCCAGAACAAUCAAAGUCCCAAAUGGCAUUAUGGGCUAUCCUAGCUGCGCCCCUCUUUAUGUCUAAUGAUCUACGCAAGAUACCACAAUUUGCAAAAGAUGUUCUUUUGAAUACAGAGGUGAUUGCUGUAAAUCAAGAUCCACUGGGUAAACAGGGUUGGCGAGUUUGGAAAGGCCAAAAUGGCUGGGAAAAAUACACGGAAGUGUGGGCACGGCACCUUGUUAAUGGCAAUGUUGCCGUUGUGCUGUUCAAUAGACGAGUUGACAAGGCUGUUCAAAUAUCAACAUGGUUCAAGGAUUAUGGGAUGGGUAAACAAGCGGCUGUUCGGGAUUUAUAUCUCCAUCAAGAUCUUGGAGUUUUCACUUCUGGUUACUCAGCUAAAGUUUACCCCAAUGGCGUUGUUAUGGUGAAAAUUACUAAAUCAUGAACAUUUUUUGUGCCAUCUCUGCACAAUUCCAUCAACACCUACUCUACAAGCCUGUACUCCGCACAAGAUUUGUCAUCAACACCUACUCUACAAGCCUGUACUCCGCACAAGAUUUGUCAUCAACACCUACUCUACAAGCCUGUUCUCUGCACAAGAUUUGUCAUCAACACCUACUGGUACGAAAUAGUUUUUAAGACAAAUUCACUCCCAUUCAAAGCAAUCUUGUUUAAACUUGGAAUGUUUUAUAUUUUGCUAGAAUAACAUCUAAUUUUAAUGUAUUGCAUUGCUUCAGGGUGUACUAUAACCAAAAGACAACAGUUUUGUUUAUAGCAAACCACAAAGCUUUAUGCACAGUAGGUUUUUAAGCUAAAGAUGCCUCUCUCCUCUUAAAAGAAGAGUAACAGACCCCUUGUAUCAAUUGGCACAAGCUUAGUUCUGAGCUCAAAUGGAAGGGUUCAAAGUAAUAUUCUUAACCAGUAACUGCCUACUCUUAAAAAUUUGAAGAUUAAUUUUCAAUAGUAAGUCAAGAAAGAAAAUAUGAGAGAUUAGGGAAAGCUCAUUUAUUAUCCCCAGGGGGGCGUGAGGAUACUGUGGGGGGGGCCUCGAAAAAUUUCCGAGGUCUAAAAGGGGGUGUCAAAAGUGUUUGGAUUUUAAAAGGGGGGUUACUGAUUCCUUUGGGUGUUGUCUCUAGGAUUUUGCUAGUAAAUUUGGGAAAAGUUGCUUGAAAAUAUGGCCAAAAGUUGCUCUAAAAUUGCUAAUAUAUCCAAAAGUUGCCACCAGAAAUUAAAAAAGUUGCUUGCUCUCUAGAGUUGUUUUAUCUAGAUAAAUGCGAAAAACAUAUUUGUUUGCUUGUUUAUUUCAACAAUUUCAUUAAAUAUUUUUUCCAAUCAUAAAAAUAUGUUUAAUUUAACCAUUAGAAUAUAAAUACAUUUGUCAAUCGAUCUCUUUUAACUCAACAAUAAAUAGGAUACGUAUUUUCUAGUAAAUUUUCUAACUAGUCAAAGUUCACUUGAAUAGGCAUCAUGUUAUUAAAUGCAGUUUAUACAUCAUAUAUAGUAUACUCCAUGAUGCUUUAGGCAGUGAUAAAGUUCACAGCCUAUACUGAUCAAUUAAGUCUCGCUACAGGCAAUGCUGUAUGGAAACUCUAUCACACGAUCCGGCGUAGCGCAUGUUGUUGACCACGUCGAUUGACCGCUCUUUCGUUGCCUGUUUUUCCCCUCAUUCACGCAGAUUUUAGGUUUCCUAGAGAUCGAUGCACUUGUGGGUUUAAUGAGAGUUGCCCCAGCGUCCCUUGCAACUUCGAUAUAACCGCUGGAUAUUUAAACGCCUGUUAAAAUAGCUGCGGUCCAGAUUUCGCGGGCACACGUAAAAUGAGUGAGGUCCAGGAACAUUUUUAGAUGAAAUAACGAACUUUUUGAUGGUUUCGAUAAAUUUUAUACCAAUUUGUUUCUCAAAAGCUGGAAAGGAAGGCAAAAAUUGCCCUAGGUUGCUGGUCCUUCGAAAAGUUGCUCAAAAUGCCAAAAGUUGCAGAGCACAAUCUUCAUAUGCCUAGUUGUCUCUACUAUAUAAUUUGACAAAGUGUCAAAUCAGACUACUUGGUUCAGCUUGUCUUGGUUUGGGGGCAGUUAUUUGGCAUGCACAAUCCAGCACCCCCCCCCCCCCCCCCCCUCAAUGACAGAAGGUCCACUUUCAGUUCUAUUUGGUGCUAUUUGUAGACAAAACUAUAAGGUAGAUCACUCUCUGGUAUUUAGCCAAAUCCAACAAUAAACGUCCUGUGGAGAUAUUGCAAAUGCAUAAAUAAAUCCUUUUUUGUUUUUACGGGGGUGGCCUAAUUUUUUUAUCAGAGAAUUCCCCCCCCCCCCCCCCCCUGGAAAAUUAGGUCCACUUUCUCGGAUUUCGCACCCCGAAGAAAAAUCCUGGGUACGGGCCUCAUUAAGCCACGUUUUAUCGUUGCAAUGCAAACCUGUAUACACCCUAAAUACAUCUUUUUUAUGGUCUCCACUAUAUAAUAUUAUAAAGUGCUUAUGUUCCAUAUCUAAAAUAUAAACAUUUUAAUGCUAUAAGCGCUCAUUCUCCAUCAUCAAAAUCCUUGCUCAUAUCUGAUUCUCCUGUCUUCCUCACUCUCUUUCUUUUCUCAGGCUGCGCUUUUCUUGCAUAGGGAAGAUAGAAAAGCCAUGAAGGGGGGGGGGGUCAACUAAUUUUAUCCCUCACUUUUAUCAAAAUCCUUAUGCCCCUCCGCCCCCCUCGGGAUAUUAAAUGAACUUUCCCUUACUUUGUCACUUUUUUUUGAUGCAUGGUUUUUAUGGUAACAAAAUAGAUUUCCUAGUUUAAAAUUUAAAAAAAUAAAAAAAUAGGAAGCAAUUGUGCUCCAAGUGAACAAUAGAAAUCUCAAUUUAAAAUUGGAAAAUGUACUGUGUUUAAUAGGCUUCAAGUUUCAAAUAGUUAUAAUGUCUUGAAUUCACAGAAAAGGCAGUUGUUUUUAUUUGUUAAACAAAUUUUGCAAGGCACAAAAGAAUAGGGAAUACUUUUCUGUAUAAGAAUAUAUUAGAAAAAGUCAUUAUUUCAGUUUAUUAUUUAAGAAAUAAUUUAUGAAACUUAGGAUAUUUAAGUAACAUUGUUUGUAAUAUUAUUUACUAGUUCACUAGACUUUGUAAAGCAUGAAAAUAAAUAAACAGUAAAACAAACUUGAA